GUAAUACUUCAUGUUCUUUCUUUUUGAGGUGUGCCGAGAGCAGGAGAGACUGAAGCUGCUUCUCAGAAACUACAAAAAUGGGAAAGGAAAAGAUCCACAUCAACAUCGUGGUCAUCGGCCAUGUCGACUCCGGCAAGUCCACCUCCACCGGCCACUUGAUCUACAAGUGCGGAGGCAUCGACAAGAGAACCAUCGAGAAGUUUGAGAAGGAGGCCGCCGAGAUGGGAAAGGGGUCCUUCAAGUACGCCUGGGUGCUGGACAAACUGAAGGCCGAGCGUGAGCGUGGUAUCACCAUCGAUAUCGCUCUGUGGAAGUUCGAGACCAUGGACUGGUUCAAGGGCUGGAAGAUUGAGCGCAAGGAGGGCAAUGCCAACGGCACCACACUGCUGGAGGCUCUGGAUGCCAUCCUGCCCCCUACUCGCCCCACUGACAAGCCCCUGCGUCUGCCCCUGCAGGACGUCUACAAAAUCGGCGGUAUUGGAACUGUCCCCGUCGGUCGUGUUGAGACCGGUGUUCUGAAGCCCGGCAUGGUCGUCACCUUCGCUCCCCCCAACCUGACCACUGAGGUCAAGUCUGUGGAGAUGCACCACGAGUCUCUUAUUGGCCCUAUAGGGAAUUUUGACAAGGUCGAUGUUGCCCCUCCCCACUCCAGAGACAGAGGAAGGGGUUUAUUCUCCUCAGGUAAUACUUCACGUUCUUCCACUUUGGCGGUGUGCCGAGAGCAGGACAGACCGAAGCCGCUUCACAGUAAAUACCUGUUUGUGUGCUUGGACACAAGCCAGGGCUUGAUCUACAUCACUGGGUCGCCUUGA